GCAUGUGCUGUUCUUUUGCACGUUUUGGACCGAAAUUUGCGUUUAAAAACAAACGGAGGCAGAGACAUAUUAUUAAAGCCAAACAACUUAUAAUUCAAAAUGAGCGAGUUUGUCAAUGAAAGGCAAGAGAGACUUCUACCGGAAUAUGAGCAGCUGCGAAAUUGUAAUAUUCUCACGCCGCAGCAAAUCACGGAAUGUAUAAGAAAGCGCGAGUCCCUAUUCGUGGGACUAUCCCAAAGUAAAGCCUCGGUGAAAAACUACAUUGAAUUUCUGGUUUAUGAAAAGAAAAUAUAUAAGCUAAUUACUGAGAAGGAGAAGGUAUGCAACAUUAAAAUGCCUGGUGUGAAAUCUGCGAUAGCUACACGGUUAAUACGUCUAUAUCGCGAGGCAUUGUCGAAAUUUCCACAUGACAUGCAUCUUUGGAGCAGCUUUGUGAAGUAUAUGAAGAUAUCAAAGCCCGAAGAGGUGUCUGCCAUUUACGAGAAGAUGCUAUCAUAUCAUGGGGAUAAGUGCAGCGUUUGGGUCGAUGCAGCCCUUUGGCUAUAUGGAUAUCAUCGACAGAAUGUCUCGCGAGCUCAAGACCUUUUAUUACGUGGUUUGCAGCGUCAUCCGGAAUCAGAAGCUCUGAACCAAUGCCUCUUUGAUAUUUUGCUUGAUCAGGCAACGAGAACGGAUUAUAAUCUCAGGCUAAAGGAUAAUACCAUAUCGGAGCUGGAUAUUGCAUUGGAGCGCAUUGAAGCUGUUUAUCGGAACAGUUCGCAGAAUAUAAAAGACAUAAACUAUUAUAUUAGUUUGCUCGACGCCUGUACAGAACAGAUGGAUCUGACGGUGCCAUUGCAGGUGAAGAUUAUUGAAGAUAUGCAGGCAAAGUUUCCCCUUGAGCCGGUCUUGUGGGAUAAAUUGGCGCAACGUGAAUUGCAAGGCCACCAUUUGGCCGAUUUGCGUGAAUUCGUUAUUUUCCACAAUCAGGAGGCACAGGAAAUAGAAGCACAUCGGGAGGCAGCUGAUAAGAAAGCUAUGGCAUGCGUCUCCUCAACCACAGACCCUUCGGAUGGUGAGAAUGAAAAGAAAUUGGAUGUCUGCACCAUCAAAAAGCGACGUCAACAGUUUUCUACAAUUUGGACACCGAGUUCGUUGAAGCGACGCAUCGAACUGUGCGUAUCUGUUUACAAAACCGCUGUGCAGACAUUGAACUCCAAAGAAAUGUGGGAUCUGUAUAUCAAUGCGAUGCUGAAACUGAACAAAGACGCCAGCGAAAUGGGCAAAUUAAAACAGGAGAGUCUUAUGUCUGCUUUCCACAGCGGUCACAAGGCAAAGCUAUUGGAUGUCCAGCACUAUGAAGUGCUGUAUAAAAUUUUAGUCGCUAAAAAAGGUGGCGAGAAGUCAUUAGUACAAGUUUUAAGCGAGAUUCUUGAAUACAAUGAAUCGUUUCGCAUCAAUGAAUUGUUGCUCUGUGUGCUCAUCAGACUUGAUGACGAGCCACGUGUAUUCGAACUGCUCCAGCGAGCUUACAAAAGUCUUGGCGAUGAAUCGGUGCCCUUGUGGAAGCGUGUCAUAUCUUACUACCGCCAUCGAAGCGGUUCAAAAUCCAUGAAGAGGCUCGAACAGAUUUUUGAGAUAGGUUGUAACGAUCUUAGUCCGAAAUUUGCCCAGUUUCGUUUCGAAUAUGUGUCCUAUUUGUGGCAGGAGCAUUCGCCGGCCAAGGCACGCCAGGAGUAUCAGCGUCUGGCAUUAUUGCCGCCAAUGUCCCUAACGCUCCAUAGCCAGAUGGUGGACUUGGAGUCUAAAUCGGUGCCAAUUGAUGUGAAUUCUUGCCGCCUGUGUUUUGAGUAUAUGACGAAAUUUUUUGGGAAAACGGAGCCAAGUGUUUGGAUCGAUUUUAUAGCAUUCGAGCGGGAUCAUGGCGAUGCCCAGAAAAUGCCGCUCUUGACUCUCCGUGCAGUAUCCACAUUAGACCCGUCACUAGUGUCCACUUUUGAAGUCAAACGCGUUAAAAUGCAUUCGGGAAUUAUGGAUAGCACUUAAAUAUAUUAUAAUUUAGAUUAUUUUUAUAGCCUGUACCCAAAGGGUGAAAGGCUAUACUAGUUUUGUGCGAAUGUAUGUAACACACAGAAGGAGGCGUGGC